AUGAUCAUGAGAAAUAGAAUACAAAUACUUUGCGGAAGAUAUGUACCAGGAAGAGAUGGCAAGGGGUUACUUUUUCACGAACCUCUGGAGGCUCUCGAAGAAGAAAAUGAAAUGCCUGAAUAUAUAUCGAUUUUUCCUCCCGAAGAACCUCCAGAUGUAGAUACAAAUAAGGAUUCUGAUUUUACGGAUGAAGAAGUGGCCGGCGAUACCAAUCAUCUUCCAGCUCGUAUCCUGCGCUCUCAAGUAAGUGUGAAGUACAGUCAUGAAAUUAAUCAUGAAAUUAAAGCUGCAGAUGAUACUAACAACGUUUCCCAACCAAGUACCUCUCGACAGAAUAAUAUUUCUCAACCAUGUACCUCCAAAUGCCCGAAAUCUGCCAAACGACCACGUCUAAAUCCAACUACAUGGAAAUCAAAUAUUUUUGAAUUUUAUUCGAAGGUUCCUGAACCCGACAACGAAUACCGGCCAAAUGUAGAGGAUCUUUUGAAAGAAACAGUUAAAAGCCCGAUUGACGCAUUUAGGUAUUACUUUACACAAGAUAUAAUAGAGCACAUUGUUCGCGAAACAAACUCUUAUGCUGGGCAAAAAUUAGUUCAUAAUCUGAACGCCACUUCGGCAGAAAUUUUAACGUUUGUUGGGGUUAUGCUCUUAUCGGGAUAUCAUCCACUGCCUUGCAGACGGCUUUACUGGACUGUAGAUGAAGACGUUCAUACAACAAUAGUCUCAAAUGCAAUGAGACGAAAUCGUUUUGACGAACUCAUGAGUUUCAUUCAUCUCGCCGAUAAUCAGUCCAAUGACGGUACUGAUCGAAUGUACAAAAUUCGCCCUUUGUUAGAUAUGCUAAAUUCUGCAUUCAAGCAAAUUACUCCUGGUCCCACUGUUAGCGUCGAUGAGAGUACCAUAGAAGUUCCGUGA